AUGAAUCCAAGUCGCAAAUAGUAGAGUCUCCAAAAAUCGAAGACUUAAAAUAUUUAAAUAGUGAAGAUGCACAUUCGCUCCAAGCAUUAAGAGAAAACAUACUCAAAAGCAAUUCACCCCUCGAAUUUAUAAACGAAGCCUUUCUCUUUAAAAAAUUUAGAUUUAGCCUUACCUGACAAUUCCAUAUCUUAGUCAAAUACUUCAUUUUAAGAUGAUAAGAGUUGCUGCUGUAUUGAUUGUGGCAAUCUAAGCAAGAAGGUCAAAAAUUUACAGAAGAAAUUCACAGUGUUUAGGACAGAAAUGUCAAUCUUGAAAAGGCAAAGAUUAGUUAAGAGAUUUCAAAAUGCUGUUCGUUGCAUCAUAUUUUUGAAAGAGAAAUGGAAGAAAAUCAGAUAAUAAGAAAGAGCUAAAAGGCUAUUUAGAUUUAAAACCAAAGUCUUUGAGAAUUAGCCUUUCUUUUAAACUUAAUCACCUUCUAAUUAAGCUUAAUUAUUAUUUCUUAAUUCCUAACUUCAGAGUGAAGAAAAACAAGCUAUAAACACAUAACUUUAAUCUAUUUAAGUUAAAAUUUUUGAUUAAAAGAACAAAUAAAGAUAAUCAGUAAAGUUAUAUUUACAAUAAAAACUGAAUAAUAAAAAUGAUGUGUAGGGAUUGCUUCCUAAGUUAGAUCAUAAUAGAUAAAACGUAUCAAUAUCCAGCUCAAUAUUCAGACCAAUAAGAAUACUUAAGACUUUAGGGGAUGAGAAAAAAUCACUUCAAAAAGAAUAAAAUUUAUCAACUUAAAAUCCUUCAGUUGCUCAAUCUCCUUAUCUAAGCCAUUUAACCCAUUUGAGCGGAAAUAAAUAAUAGGAUUCCCAAUUCUAAAUCAUCAGAUCACCCAGAUAGGUUAUUAAAAGUUUUGCUUCAGAAACAUUUUUUCCAUAAAGCACUUAGAAAAAUGAUUAAAGAAAAUUAAUUGCUCAAAAACUAAAAAGAAUAGAUUGA